AUGAACCUCAAGUUUACAGCUGUUACACCUGACGACUUAGACAUCGUGACUGAAUACGAAACAGCAUCUUAUCAUCCUGAAGAAGCUGCCAGUAGAGAACAAUUAGCGCGUCGUAUUCACUAUGCUGCUGAAUCAGGGCCUGAAUUAUUCACUGUGGCGCGUGAUAUGGAUCAGAACGGCAAAGUAGUGGGAUUUCUCUGUACCACACUCACGACGGCUGACUUGGUGACAGACGAGUCUAUGAGUCGUCAUGAACCUAACGGUAGAACUGUCUGUCUCCAUAGUGUCUGUGUCUCUCCUGACUACCGUAACCAAGGUAUUGCUACCAAACUGUUAGAAAACUGGAUUGAACAAUUAAAACAAGCCAACCAACAAGCCAAGAAAUACGACCGUGUUGUUCUUAUGAGUCGACCUAAUCUUCUUGGUCUUUAUGGUGGUGUUGGAUUUAAAGAAGUAGGUGUUAGUAAAGUUGUUCAUGGUCCUGAACCUUGGCAUGAUUGUGUUUUAGAACUUCAAUAA